ACUUCGAAAUUGUGCUUAGCUGUUUGCAAGCUAUUGUAUCUCUUUUUCAGAGCAAUUUACGCUUGUUUCUCAUCAUUCGGCAUUCUGACGCAAUCAUAGCUGUUCGGCAAUAUGUGAAUAGACGCCAGUUUGGAAGAAAUUUGCAAAAAUCACUGGCAAUUCGAAGUGGAUCUUUUUAUCAUAUUCGCAAAAUAGUAAUUUUUGCAAUAAGUUUUGAGCUUGUUUUGUGUCUUAGCUUUCAAUUUAUCGACUUUGCUCACCAUCACAUGCUUCGAUUACCAUUUGAUAUAAGCCAAAGCUUUCCACGUAUGCAAUGUCUUUGCGAUAACAUGUUCUGUUUGUUAAUGUCCGCACACUCGUUGCUACGACCAGCUGUACACAUUGCAGUAUACAUGAUCGUGAAUGGACUUGAAGCAGAACUCAAAGUAAUUACCCAAACAUUUUCACAAAUUUUUCACAACACUGACCAACAUGUUCAAAGGAGGAUGGAAUCAGAAGCUUGCAGCAUUCUUCAAAUGGAAUACAAGCUAAAAUUUUACUUUUGGAAGUACAUACAAGAGGAGUUUGGCGAAUGCAUUGCUCUGCACGUCGAGUUUCUUGCAAUAAAAAACAAAAUUCGUCCGAUGCUGAAUUCUCAUUUCUUGAUCAUUUACUACACGACUGCUUUGAAUUUGGCUCUUGGAUCAUACUAUCUGGCUCAAAUGAAAACGAUUACAUUGUUCUCAAUACAAACCUUGGCAUACUGCCUUUAUAUUGCCUUCGAGUGUCUUAUCCUCACCCGGAUGGUGAGCCUGCUGAACGAGGCACACGAAUCCAUUGGCCGAGAAGUGUACUACCUGGAUUGGCCUACGAGGCUGGAGUACGAGGAUCAUUUUGCAGCUGAGUACAAAUCAGUGCGUAGAAAUUUCGUCACAGUGAUUGCAAUGUCGCAGCAACCGUUAAGGUUCAAUGGGUAUGCACUUUUCCUCUUCUCAAUGGCUACCCCUCAUCCGGUAUAGUAUAUCUUGUAUCAAAUUGAAAAAAAAUGACACAAUGUGUUCCCUGCAUACAAAUCGCUGCACAUCUAAGCGGUUUUUUUUUGGCAAAAGAGCAACCCCCAAAAAGUGUCUCAUUAUGUCGGAUCUGUCCCCCCAAUGCCUGGCAUUACAAUAUUGCAAAACUUGUUUGCGCCCAGCAGCGCUAAGCUUGUCCGCCAGAUUUUCCACAUACAACGUUUUAAAUUUCGUGACAUAGUCGGCAUCGCUACCAUUGUUGGAGCUGUAUUUCCAUGGAGUUUUCCCUCCUCAUUGUCUAGUCGUGGAACAAUAUGCAUUUCAGUUUUCCGGGUGCACCAGCAUUACAUUUUAUGAGAAUUACCUGCAGCCUUCUCACACCGCACCACAACAAUCUUGCUAAUUAUAUUUGACUGACAAAGGGCUGCAAUUUAGCUGAAUGAAGCGUUGAAACUCAAUACUUUCACGAGCGAAAAGUGUCAAGUUUGUGAGAGUUUACAGGUGCGGGAUUCAUCCCUUUUUGUUGAAAAGUACACCAUGUACUUCCGAGUGCUGUGUAAA